UGUUGAUAAAUCUAUCAUCGAGGGUGCUCUACAGGAUUUUGCAUCUGAAAGAGUUUCUAAUGAGGAAACUAUUCAAACUAUCAAGAAAAUGUAUGAAAUUUCCCAAAAUCCAAAGAAGUAUGUCUUGGAUCCUCAUACAGCCGUUGGUGUUUGUGCCACCGAAAGAUUGAUCAAGAAAGAUAACGAUAAGGAGAUUCAAUAUGUUUCCCUGUCAACAGCCCACCCAGCCAAGUUUGCCGAAGCUGUUAACCAAGCUUUGUCCUCCUUUGAUGGCUACUCAUUCGAAUCUGACGUUCUGCCAGCUGAAUUGAAGAGAUUGUC